UCACUCCCUUGCGUCAAAUGACGACUUGAGUUUUAACCCAUUUUUUUUUGUUGUUGCAAUUUUUGUUACCCCACAAUGGAUUACGAUUCGAGUUUGCGUCCCUCCUAUACACCGGACGUGCCUUCCGAAGAAGGUUCACUCGGAAUGACGGCCGCAUCCGAUAUGAGAGUGGCUCAAAGUGCCCUAUGGCUCCUCCCGAACCUUCAGGAAACAACCGCAAAGGAGGCACCGGUUCCGAUGAAGAAAAGCACCAUGACCGCGAAACUGGAGGACAAAUUUAAACGGUACGUGAGUCAAGGUGACCUUCUGCUCAGAGCUUUGAGCACCGUCUCCGAAGAGAUUCCUUUCAUCGAGGAUUUGUGCGAUAGCCAACACUUGUUAGAAAGAAACACGAAAUCUUUUCAAUGUUUGGCCCAGUUGCUUUUGUCCAGCAGUUCUUUGACUAAGAACCGGUUGUUUUUGUUCCCGCCGCUAGAGGAUCCCGGAAUUGAUUUGGCAUUCAAUUUUGAAGAACCUCCGCCAGUUAGCGACGAAAUCGGCAUCGAAAAAUACAAAAAAAUCUGCCACGAACUGGACAUUGUGCCCAUUUCUCGGAUCAUAGACUCAUUAGACACGAACACUUUGGACUUAAAGUACUACGGUUUAACCGAUAAACAGAUAAGGGCACUUAGCGAGGCGAUGAAGGUAAAUAUGCACGUGCAAGAAUUGAUUUUGACCGAUAACUGGCUGUCGGUGGAAAUGACCGAGACGUUAAGUGACAUGCUGAUUGAAAAUAUGGCUUUGCAGUAUUUGUCGCUGUACGAAUGCAGAAUUGGAGAAGAAGGUGCGAAAAAACUGGGUUACGUGCUCUCAGGCCUACAAACCUUAAAACAAUUAGACUUAAGCUUCAACGAGUUGGGUGACAACGGACUUUUGGCCCUCCGAGACGGAUUAUGCGAGAACACCUCCCUAAAAACCCUUAAUCUCAGCCAUAAUAAUAUCAGUGAAAAUUCCGCGGAAACCAUGGAGAAAAUCCUGUUGGAGAACAAGUGUUUAGAGGAGCUCGAUCUGUCUUGGAACGGGUUCUUUACUGCCCCAGGCAACAAAAGGUUGUUUUCGGGGUUUUUAAAUAGCGAUCGCAUUAAGAAGUUGAACUUGGCUUGGAACGGUAUCGGGGUAAUUUUGGCCGUUAAACCCUUGUCCAGGUACAUCACCAAGUCUCAACGUUUGGAAGAACUAGAUCUGAGUAAUAAUCGGUUGAUAGGUAAAUCCUUAAGGUCAAUAAGAACGGCCGUAAACAAGAACCACUCCCUACAAAUAUUACACAUCGGCAACAACAUUUAUGCCCCGGAAGAAGCCCAUUUUCUUUUGACCAUGCUGGCCGGAAAAACCAAAGAUCCAUUAUACUACGUCAAUAUGGACAAUAUGUAUGUUAAAAAGGAAUCCAAGGGGGUCCUAAACAAAAUCAACAAUGUAGGAAAAAUAGUGAAAAUAGGGGGAAUUUUGAGCAAUUACGAAAUACACGGUCCGGACACCAAGAAGCUUAUUUACGAAAGAUGCCGGUACCUCUUGAUGAAACCGAAGAAAGCCAAAGCCAGGAAAGACUUUGGGCAUUUCAUACUAUCCUUACCUGACCACCCAAUAACCCCAGAAGAGUUCGAAAAAGAACUAAAAAAAGCUAAAAUAAAAAAGCUAGACAAGGACCUCGUACAAUCGGUAAAAACCUUGUUCACCACAAGAAAGAAAGAGAUAGACUGUGUGGAACUUGUAAGGAACUAUAUGUCUUACUAUCCGGACACCCAGCUACCACCCCCAAAACCUAAGAAGAAAAAGGGAGGCAAAAAAGGCAAAAAGGGCAAAGCAAAAGUAACCGAAGUGGAACAAGAAAUAAAAGUGCAUGAACUGGAGAAUGGUGCGGAUGGGGUAGAGGCAACUGAACCCAGAAAGUCUCGGGUGUCUGAGAAUUUAGCCGCUGAAAGUUCUUUAGCUACAGCAAGCAAACGUUCCAUCAAAUCUGCAACGGAAGAGGGCAGACAGUCAAUAAACAUGCCAGAAGAGAAACUACAAUCGCGUGUCAGCAUAAAGGAGCAAUAAUAAAGAAAUUACUGAGUUGUA